UACGGCCAGAGCUGCUGCCUCAUCGAGGACGGCGAGCGCUGCGUCCGGCCCGCGGGCAACGCCUCCUUCAGCAAGAGGGUCCAGAAGAGCAUCUCGCAGAAGAAACUCAAGCUGGACAUCGACAAGAGCGCUCUUCCCUCCUACCAGCAAUUUAUUUGUAUUAUGUUAACAAUUGCAGUACAUUUGCCACUCUUGGAAGAUGCUGUUUUUUAAAAUGGCUGGGGAGAGCAAGAUGGGUCACCGGCAGCUCUACUGGAGUCAUCUGAGGAAAUCUGGCCAGGGUUCUCCUUCUUGCCGCGUCUGCUCAAACCGGCGCGGUCUGAUCCGGAAAUACGGCCUCAGUAAGUGCCACCAGUGUUUCCGUCAGUAUGCGAGGGAUAGAGGCUUCAUUAAGUUGGAUUAAGUGAACUUCCUUGAAUGGGUCAUCCAAGAUACCUACCUGCAGAUAUCCAAGAUACCUAUUCACCUUAAUGCCAUCUCAUUGUAUAUAAAAUAAAAAUCCUCAAAUUAUGAGUGCUUUAAA